AAGGUGUAGAGAAUAGGCCUUUACCGGUUUUAUUUUGUGUUUAUCGACGAGGUUAACCGGAAUUCCACUCUUGCUUCGUCAUUUCUCAUUCUCUCAGUCUCUCUCUUCGUAUAUUCAUACUUUCUAAUUUCAUUCGUCAUCUCUCAGACUCUCACUCUUCCUACUUACUUAAUAGUUCCUACUUUCUGAUUAGUGAUUAGUGAUUACAAACAUUUUCAUUAAAUUCAAUUGUCUUUUAGCUUUUCUCUCUCCUCCAUUGCUGUUCUCAAUUUUCAGGUAUUUAUGGCGUGCCACGCAAUUGGUCUUGUUAGGUAUUUCCCAGAUGAGCCAGUGCUGUGCCUUUCCUGGAGUUCAAUUAAAUCAAAUAUGAAUGUAUAUGGCGUUCGCUGUAAUCUGGCAUCAAAAGCUCUAGGAGCUGGUUUUCACAACUUAAGUGGUCUUCAGCGAAUUUCGACUGGGAGAUAUACACCAUUUCAUAGCUCAUGGCGGACUUAUUCUACGUCACUUGGCUUGGAAGAGCAGUCUUCCUCAGGAUCUUCAGAGUUCCAGGGUGAUGAGACUGAUUUUGCAGAUCCAGCUGAAGAGCAAAGGCCUAGGCCACUUAGUCGUAAUGAGUUAAAGACAUUGCUUGCAGAUUCUGAGAGAUCAAAGCUGGUUAAAAAGUUGAGUGAAGCUAAUCAACACAAUCGCUUUCUGAAACGGCAGUUGCAAGGGAGAGAGGAGGCCUUGGUUAAUUUCAAGGGUGACCUUGCCGUACUGGAACGAGAAAUUCAGGCACUUGUUGCACUGGCAGAUGAAAUAACGAAAGCUGGCAUUCCAGAAGGUUCUAGGAAGAUCAAUGGGAAAUACAUCCACUCCCAUCUAAUUUCCCGGCUAAAAACUGUACAGCAUAAAUUACAGAAUCAGAUAAAGGAUGUGGUUGUUGCACAGUCCAAGGAGGUGCAAGUAUAUUGGAUUGGUAUGGCUGAGAGUGUACAAGUCAUGGGUAGCUUUGAUGGAUGGAGUCAAGGAGAGCACCUAUCCCCAGAGUACACAGGCUCAUAUACGAAGUUCUCCACGACUCUGUUGCUCCGACCUGGACGGUAUGAGAUCAAGUUUUUGGUUGAUGGGGAGUGGCAAAUAUCACCAGAGUUCCCAACUAUUGGAGAAGGGAUAACGGAAAAUAAUCUGUUAGUUGUAGAAUAAUCUGUAUAUAACCAUCAGCCUUCGUGUUUUUAUUUCUUACGGUUGUCUUACCUCCGUCUGUACCACACUUGCUACAUUGCAGUUCUUAACUCGCAAGUAUAAAAAACUAUUCAAUUUCUUUGUGCA